CGGGUGACGGCAGCGUGUGGUUUUCCUACAUGUUGUUUUUUCUCAUGUGACUGCGUGUUGAGGGAAGUUCAAGGGCACAUACAGUAUCUCCUGGAGAGACGGGAGCCGUGCUCCGCACGUCGGACUCGGAGCGCCGUUCGCCUUGUGAUGUUGCGCGUACAGGUAGAGGUACAGCAUCCUGUGUCCUAAUCUAGAUAAAUGUAAGAAUCUCUCAAGAAACAGCUGGAUGAGCUCCUCCAGUCAGGACAGGAGGCCCUUCUUUACACAGAGGGUGGUGGGAGUGUGGAACAAGCUGCCCAGCCACGUUGUAGAAGCCGAUCCCCUGGAUCCUUCCAUAGACACAGCUGGAUGAGAUCCGGGGAACAGUUAACUACUAAGCGCCACACGGGCCGGGUGGGCCGAGAGGUCUCUGCAGCUCGUCGCCGGGAGGUGAAGAUUCCCGGAACAACGAGAGAGUCUGACCACACUGCGGCAGUUUAAGAAAGCCCAGGCGCGUCGGCCGCGAUUGCGCAGUUCCUCGCCCAGAAAGGGGAAGAGAGAGCUUGGGGGACGCUGCCCUGUGCCCUGCGGGAGUCAGACGAAGAGUCCUGGGAAUCUUCGUGAACGGCGUGUCGAGGCAGGAGACAGACCUCAUUGGAUUGUUUAAUGUGACUUGAAGGACUGAAAGCUUCAGAAGUGUCGUUGUUUUUGUUUUCUACUGAAAGGCAAGUGUUCGGGAGCUGUAAAACCGCCGGAAAGUUGAGAUUGAUCCCACUGUGGACUGAACCGCUCUGGUCCAGCACCAGAGUUUGGGCCUCAACCACCUGCCUGGGAAGCCUGUUCCAGUCACCCACCACUCUUUGGUGAUGGUGUCUGUUGAGUCCAAGCAUCUCCUUGUGAUUCUGCUGCUUCUUGUCAGGAUUCCUGUGACUGGAUCAGCCCUGGGCUCCCAGCCCUCAGUGUCUCUCCACUCCCCUGGAGGAGGUCAGACCCAGCUGCUGUGCAGGUCAGAGGGCUGGUUCCCUGCACCUGCAGUGAUCUGGACAGACAGAGAUGGACACGAUGUGACCUCGCUGUCCAGCACCACAGUGGAGAAGGACAGUCAGGGGCUCCUCAGUGUCAGCAGCUACAUCCCAGUCCAGCAGGAGUCCAACAUCUUCUCCUGUCUGGUCAGAAGUGCUCUUCCUGAACCAGACUGGGAAUCUCAGCUCCACAUACCCAGAGACUUUUUCCCUGGACCCUCUGGAUGGAUGGUGGCUCUCUGUGUAACAGCAGCUGUGGCUGUAGCUGUGUCAGCACUUCUGGUGAUCCAGUGGGGGAGAAUGGACAAGCUCGAGAGACGGUGGAUAUCUGAGUUGAAUUUUGCACUUCGUCGAGAAAUUGAUACUGUGAAGAGAACUCCUGUCCCUAAAUCAGAGUGGCAGUGGCUGUGCAGUGCUGCAGGGGAGCUCACUCUGGACCCGGAUACAGCCCACGGCGGACUAGUCCUCUCCCGGGAUGGGCUGGGGGUGAGACUGGACAGGUGGAUGGUUUCCCAGAGCAGCUUGUCCAAGGAAGGGAGGAGAGUGAGUCUGGGAAAACAGAUGGAUCACUUUGCCAACCCACGCAGAUUCGAUUCCCAGCCCUGUGUCCUGGCCAGGCAGGGCUUCACCUCCGGGAGACACUACUGGGAGGUGGAGGGGAAUGAGGACUGGAGAAUCGGAGUGAGCAGAGAGUCUGCGCAGAGGACAAGAGGGUUCAAAUUCACCCCACAGGAGGGUUACUGGGGUCUGGGAUGUUAUUCUUCUUGCCUCAUUGCACUUACUGACCCAGUGACCCCCCUUCACUGCAGUCUGCAGCCCAGGAGGGUGGGGGUGUGUGUGGACAUCGAGGAGAGGCAGGUGUCUUUUUACAGUGUGGAGACCAGGACACACAUCUACACUUUCACUGACAUGGUCUUCAAACAGGGGGAGAAGAUCUGUCCAUUCUUCUGGACGAUUGAUAAGCAGAAUGAGCUUGUGCUGCUGCCCCCUGUCAGCGGUGGAGAUUAAACACUCGCAUUUGCACACACAGACUGAUAUACGCUAUGUCACAGAAUACCGGACAAGCCCACAGUGGGACUAAUGCUGUAUUAGACACCUUCACAGUAUGAGUGACUCUGAACAGACGCCCACAUCAGGGAGUGACUGUAUCUGAUACACCCACAGUAGGGAGUGACCCUGUACCAGACACAGACCACAGUGGGGAAUAACUCUGUAUUACGCCAAUAAAAGUUAUAGUCAAGACAU